UGUGCAAAGAGUUAAAUACUUAUAUUAGGCGGUGACGGCGGUGGGGUUGCGUGGCGCUCCGCCCGCCCAGGUAGCGUCCAAGCGGGCAGUCUGAACCUCGCGGGCCAGUCGGAGCCGCGCGCCCUCCGCGCUCGCUCGCGGCCCGCCACUUCCACACAUGGCCCGCACGCCGGUCUAACCUCUCCUCUGUUAUGGACAAGCGCGGCGCCAGCGCCCGGGACAUCCCGAGCAUCCUCAAGAAGCCCAAGGGCCGUCGCAAGGGGGACCUGCUCGACAAAAGCACUAAGAUCAAGGGGGAGAAGGUGGAGGGCCCGAAGGGCGAGGAUGUGAGCGCUCCCCUGCCGCAGGGCUGCACGCCUCUCAUGUACGCCUGCCAGCAGGCCGACUACAAGGCAGUCGUCGAUGCUAUCAACAAAGACGCCGCAUCAGUCCGCGUCCGUGACCGCGGGCUCCGCUGCGCGCUGCACUACUGCGCGUCGAGCGGCGCGGGCGCGAGCCAGGCGGCACGCGCCGCGUGCGCCGACCGGGUGCUCAUGGCUCAACCAGCCCUAGCUGACGCAAGAGACGCCGACGGCCUGACGCCGCUGCAUCUGGCGGUGGUGCAUGGCAACGUGCCGCUCGUGCAGACGUUGCUGGCGGCCGGCGCUGAUGUCAAUGCGAGGGAUGAUGAGCAUCACACCGUCGUUCAUUGGGCUACUGUGUGCGGGGAAGUAGGCGCACUGCGCGCUGUCCUCGCGGGCGGUGCGGACGCUGCCACUCCUGACCAACACGGUGGUUAUCCACUCCAUUACGCGGCGCAGAUGUGCGGCGCUCCUGCAGCCACCGAUCAUCAGAGCCGAGGCGCGGCACUGGAGGUGCUCCGAGCGCUAGUAAAGGAAGGUGGCGCAAGAGUGGACGUCCGCGAUGCAGACGGCCGCACGCCGCUGCUCUGGGCCGCAUCGGCGGGUUCCGCUGCUGCCGUGCUCGCGCUGCACCAGGCUGGUGCUAAAGUUGACGAUGCCGACAGGGACGGACUAACGGCACUACAUUGCGCUGCAGCGCGCGGACACACCGAAGCAUUAGAAACGCUAGUCGGUCUUUGCGGCGCUCGCGUCGACGUAGCGGACUCGCACGGUUGCACCCCUCUCCAUUACGCGGCCGCGCUAGGCCAUGCUGAUGCCACGGCGGCUUUACUGCAGCAUGGUUCAGAUGCUCAUCGCCAGGAUCGGCGGGGACGCAGUCCCGCACAUACUGCGGCCGCUAAAGGACAAAUUGAGACUGUCCGUAUACUAGGAGCGAGAGGGACGAAUUUAUGGUUACGAAACUCUAAAGGCGAUUUACCAUUGCACGAGGCUGUGGCUUCCGGCAGAAGGGAAUUAGUGAAAUGGCUCUUAGAUGGACGGCCCUCCCAAGUCAAUGCUACGAACCAUGAAGGUCGUACUCCACUGCACAUCGCAGCGGCCACUGAUAACGCUGACCUGUGUCGUCUCUUGUUGGAUCGUGGCGCUGAAGUUAAUCCCGUAGCGAGGUCCUCCAAGAACGAACCAAUGACGCCUCUAGAUUGUGCGACAACCCGCGGCCAUAGAUCCACUGCUAAAUAUUUGCAAAUGCACGGCGGUCUGCCAGCAUCGAAACUAGGAAAUACAGAAAUUGUCAUUGAUGGCGCCCCAAUAACAGCUUUGCCAACACGUAGGGUAACUAGCACAAAAAUUGAUGUACGAGAUAGGAUUAGGAUAGAAAAAAGGGAAGUCGUUGAGCUUUCCAGUCCUAUCCAUGAUAGAAGACAAGCAAGAAACAGAAUGGAUAGUGAUAGCACUAAUGGUUCAUCAACUGAUGACAAGAGAUCGAGACGAAGGUCUGAUAACAAAUAUACCAGUAGACAUCAAGAUAGACGAAAAAGAAUAAUCGAACCUCAAAAAAGUUUCAGCGAUGGGUAUGAUACAGAAUUAGAAGGACAGGCACGGGACGAAUCAUAUGGUCGAAAACAUAGAAAGGGUAGUAAAAAGAAUAGGUCUAAAAGUGAGCCCUCAAGGCGAAGUAGAAGUAACUCAAGAUAUCGGGGACGUCAUCGAUCUGCAUCUCAUAGUUCAUCAGGAUCAGAAACAUAUCCAGAGAAAAAGAAAAGUAAACGGCAUCGCAAGCGUGGAAGAAGGAGGUCAACUUCAUCAUCAGAAAGUAAUAGUAGUUCUGAAUCGAGCGAAAGACGGAGUACAAAACGCAAAGGAAAGAAAACCUCAAUACAUAUCGAGAACAACGAUGAAAAACAGAGCGUCAACAUUGUAAAAUACAAAAGCGCCGAUAAUAUACAACGCUCUGAAACAAAGGAAGAUAUCCCUGCGUUGACUCCACCAGCUAUUGAAAUUACAGAAAAAAAGGAAUCGGAUAAAGAAGAAAAGCAACUAGUAAAAAGUAAGACUCUCAGUGAAACUGAGACUGACACCUUAUCAGUAAAGACUAAUAUGAUCGUUACAGAGGCACAAAUACACAUGGAACGCGAGUCAAGUCAACAUGGAAGUUCCGAAAUUACAGUGACUGUUGAUUCAUCAAAUAAUGUGUCCAUAGAAACAGCUAACCUCUCAAUAACGCAUAAAGAUUUAAAGGACGAGGCUAAAUUAGAGGCAGACGUUGACUUAACAAGUAGUGUAACUGAAGAAGCUCAGAUCAAUGAUACGACUACAGGGCCACAGCCUUCAGGAGAAAAUGCCGCAGAAAAGUUAAAAACUUCUGAGAGCCAAUCAAAAGAUGCAGCAAAAGAAGCAAAUGAAAAUACACAAUCCGUGGAAAAGUCGGGUUUAGAAUCUCAGACAAGUGAAAAACAAUCAAAAUCACUAGAGAGUGAUAAAGAUCCCUCACGAGAUUCAGCUAAAGAUGACAAGGAAAAGUCAAAAGAAACGUCAUCAAGUUCUAGUUUAGAACGGACUAGGAAAAAAUCUUUUCAAGUGUUGGCUGGCCCGGAAGAAUUAUUACUGCAAAGUAAAGACGCAGGAGAACUUGCCACUACGUUAGACAUUAGUGCUGAAAGAAAAGAUUCGCGGGACAAAAGUAGCUCUCCAACGGUGUCUUUUGCCAAUAAACACGAGGUUUUUGAAAGUAAGGACUUAAAUAAACAGCCUGAUCAUCUAAUGGGCGAGCAAGUGAUUCAUGGUGAAGUGAGUCCAGGAAGUGGCAGUGUGGAUAAGAAAUUAAGUAGUGAAAGUACUGCGAGUGCUGAUGAAAAACGAAAAGAAUAUUCUUCCACAAUAACAACAGGCAGCAGCAACGAAAUUGCACCAACUACAGAUAAGGGUUUGAUUACAGUAAUUGCGGCGGAAGAUCGCGCUGUUCAACAAAUUCUAUUGGAGAAUACUUCAGAUGACAUCAAUUUACCUUUACCUGUUUCACCUAAACGAAAAUCAUCUAAGGACAGCCAGGGAAGCAGUAGAAAAAGCAGUAUUUAUGAAACCGAGAGUUAUAAAGUACUAUCCGACAUUGCAAGUGUUACCGAUGUUGGCACCGGUAUUCUUAAAAAAUCUAGUAAAGUUGACGAAGGCUCCUUAGAUGAUGACAAAGAAAUGGUUAUCAAAGAUUCAUUUGGACGUGUCGCCAGUGUUAGUGACAACGAAAUAUACAGUCACUCUGAAGUUAACGGUCGUAGAAAACGUUUCCGUAAAAAGGGUAGAACAAAGAGUCGCAUAACUAUUAGGUCUAAAAGUGAGAAUUCAGAGAGGGGGUACGAGUCCAGUGGACUAAUGGAUUCAGGGUUUGAGCCAAGUCCUAGAGCAGUUCAGCGCCGAAUAAUGAGUCCCCGUCUUGCAGCUUAUUAUAGGCAGAGAAACGCAAGCGGAAGAUAUUCUGGUAAAUCCGACAGUAGAAUUCCUGUGCGAAAACCAGGAGAUAAAAACGCAGUGGAUAUGAAAUCUGUUACUCAACGCAUUCAAACGAACAUGAGACGAUAUUAUUGCGAGAGAAAGAUCUUUCAACAUUUACUGGAGCUGAAGCGUCUACAGAUCCGAACAAGUAAAACCAACGAAGCAGUUCUCGUCAAGCGAGCCAUCGAUGAGUACAACAAAUCAAGCUUAGCAAGCGUGGGCCUCGGCAUCUACAGCAGUGUCGACUACUCAUUCAGCAGCUUUGAAAAAUUCCUCUACGAAAGUCUUCGGAAAUUGCAGAAAAGUGGCAAAAGACACUUGGACAAUCUGCCCGAGAGACCAAUAGAUUUUGACUACGGAGAGAGUGAACUGUACAAAAUGAGUUCGAUUCCUGAUAAUCCUUGCCUCUGCACGAGCAAGACUCAUCGAUGUUUCCACGCAGUUCACGCCUACACCGGCAUACCAUGCUCAGCUUAUAUACCCUAUAAGUGGAAUCACCACACAAUGCCCAAGCCCGCUACAGCUGAUCCAAGUACCAAAUCAAAAGGAUUCCUGCCAAAAAUAGCCUCAAAGUCGCCUUCGAGCUCAUCAGGAAAGGCUCACGUCACUCUUGAGGUGUCUCACGGCUCCGAGCGGCAGCUGAUCGCAUUGCCGGCUGAGAAACUCGACAAAAACAAGAGAUACUACGUCACAUUCACUGUGAAAGGCUCAGAACCUGCAUCUGAUAACGAUAACGGGUCACCUUCCAACAAAGCUAAAGCAAGCGUACGAAGUGGCUAAUUAAAAUUUCCGACGAUUCAUGAUGAUUCUCAAUCCUUACUCACUGCCAUAUAAAGAUGUACCUAGAGAAAUAUAAAAAAUAUUGGCAAGUAAUUUUGCACCGUGUAGGUACCAAAGGUAUAAUAUUUAUACACGUGGAUUUUAUUAGCUAUUUUGUUGAAAAUUGCAAUUGUGAUUUUGAUUGACUGAUUGAUGCCGUCCAGUAGCAUAAUGUGAAAACAUUAAAAAGAAAAUUAACAUCUAUUUUUCUAAUAGUAUUAAACAGAAAUAUUAUAAUACAUAAAUUAUUUAUAUCGAUUUGAGUAUACAUAGAUCCCCGUUCAUAGUAGUCCUAACUACCUAUUAUGCAAUUUCUAAUUAUUUUUACAAAGUAGAUGACAAUCUAUUCAAUAAUACACAAAUCAUGCGAUUGUGUUGUCUUCCUUUACUCGAAGUUAUUUAAUUAUUAGCACAAUAUUCGGAGAAAUAUUCGACAUUUUGCAAGCACAAGUGAUUGUCAAUAUUCAAUUAUUUAGAUAUCUUAUUAUAAGUAAAACAACUAUAAAUA